AUCAAAAAUUCUUUAUCAUCCUUUCCUUUUUUUUUUUGUUACAUGUGAAAGGAAAUAAAUUAACUAACUAAUGGCGAGGAAAAGCAACGCCCAUCAUCCUUUCCUUUAUUAUCCUUUAAGGGUUAUUAACAGAUUGAUCCAAGUAUCCAACAGUCGUUCAUCCAUCCAUUGCUCUUCUGCAAGAAAGGUUCAGACAGUUGGAGAGAGCCAAGGAGAUAAGGCAGGAGAAAGAGCUCUUACAGAUGUUCCCUGAAUCAAGGCAGAUCAAUGCAGCUAUGCCUUAUGUGCCAUACAGAUCGCUUUUACACCUUGUACUCAUGCUUCAGUCAGAGGUGCCUCUUCAGUGUACACUUAAAAGAUAAGCUAGUCUGCAGAGUAAGAAUACCCAGGUUCAGAUCAUUCAGACUCCAAUGUUGGAGAAUUUAUGGUCCAGAGACACCGUCAUAUGCACAACUGACAAUGAUGAUAUUUCAGAUGUUGAUACUUCAUCUGUGAAAAAGUAUUACAACGUUAGUCUACCUAGUAAUCCUGUGGUUUCCUUCCGUUUGUUCUUCAUGGGGCAGUAAGAAUAUGGGAACGAAAAGAAGGAGCUAGAGAAAAGAAAACAGAAUAUGUAAUGUAGCUAAUGGCCAUUAUCUUAUGUAUCUUCAGAACAACAGAGCAAUCAGAAAGACAGAAGUUGGAACUUUAUCGUAAUGAAAAAUCUCAACACAAUGGAUGAUUAUGUUUAAGUAGACUUUCAAUAUGAGGCUUUGCACAUACCCCAACAGUUCCGCCAUAUCCAUUAAGAACAACAGCCAUGUGAACCUUUCUGAUCUAGAAUUCUCUAAGAUUCCACACUGACAUUGAAUCUGCAAAACCAAUUUUUCUAAAUUUUACUGUAUAGAUAAUUGAAGCCUUCUAUUUUUUCCAUUUUCUUUUCCCCUAGACAAUAACUACUAAAACAACAACAAAUCAGUCUGCUGAAACAGGGUCUCCUUCACUUCAAUUGAUUACAAAAAUCAAAAAGGAAAUGAUGU